AAAAAUAAAGAAGAAGAAGAAAGGAAGCGAGAUCAGCCUCCUCCUCCUCUUUCCUCGCUCGCCUUUUUCUCCGCCAGCCGGCCUGGGGCUGUCGGAUCUUCAUCCAAGAAGGACGGGAACUUUUUAUUUUCAGCUCCCUCGGCCUGUGGCGAAUGGUUGGAGUCUCCAGUCCUUUUCGGUAAAAGAUUGAUCACUGGACUGGUGAACGUAAUAGCUGUCCCAGUCAGAAAAGGAGAGAGGAAAAUGAUAUCUGUCAAAAGAAACACUUGGAGAGCACUGAGUUUAGUAAUAGGUGACUGCCGGAAAAAAGGGAACUUUGAAUUUUGCCAAGAUCGGAUUGAGAAGCAUUCCACAAUGCCAGAUUCACCUGUGGAUGUGAAGACACAAUCCAGGCUGACCCCUCCAACAAUGCCUCCUCCCCCAACUACCCAAGGAGCCCCAAGAACCAGUUCUUUCACACCCACAACAUUAACUAAUGGCACGAGCCAUUCACCAACAGCUUUGAAUGGGGCUCCUUCCCCACCAAAUGGCUUUAGCAAUGGCCCAUCCUCCUCCUCCUCCUCAUCUUUGGCUAAUCAGCAGUUACCACCAGCUUGUGGAGCUCGGCAGCUUAGCAAACUGAAGAGAUUUCUUACAACCUUACAGCAGUUUGGCAAUGACAUUUCACCAGAGAUUGGGGAGAGAGUGCGUACCCUUGUGCUAGGACUUGUGAACUCUACUUUGACAAUUGAAGAAUUUCAUUCCAAACUGCAAGAAGCCACUAACUUCCCACUGCGACCUUUUGUCAUCCCAUUUUUGAAGGCCAAUUUGCCCCUGCUACAGCGGGAGCUCCUACAUUGUGCAAGGCUGGCCAAGCAAAAUCCCGCCCAGUACCUCGCUCAGCAUGAGCAGCUGCUUCUGGAUGCCAGCACCACCUCACCUGUUGACUCCUCAGAGCUGCUUCUCGAUGUGAACGAAAACGGGAAGAGGCGAACUCCAGACAGCUCUUAAAUUGCAUCAUGGACAUGGUAGAAAAAACAAGGCGAUCUCUCACUGUGCUACGGCGAUGUCAAGAAGCUGACCGGGAAGAACUUAAUUACUGGAUACGGCGGUACAGCGAUGCAGAGGAUUUGAAAAAAGGCAACGGUAGCAAUCAUUCUAGGCAGCAGAGUCCAGUGAACCCGGAUCCCAUCCCUUUAGAGUUGCUGGAACUGUGGCCGUAAAGCCAGUGAAACCUGCAGUGGUUGCAACACUGCACGUUACUGUGGCUCGUUUUGCCAACAUAAAGACUGGGAGAAACAUCACCACCUCUGUGGACAGACUCUACAGGCCCAGCCACAAGGGGAGACACCAGCAGUCAGCUCCUCCGCAACACCGAAUAGUGGCGCCGGGAGCCCCAUCGACACCCCACCAGCAGCUACUCCUAGGUCAAACACCCCUGGAACUCCAAGCACCAUAGAGUCAACUCCUCGCUAAGACUGAACUUUAAAAUACUUAAAGACAAAUACAAAGCAAAACAAAAUCCUCAUCCUCAGAUACUCAAAGGUUUCUACUGAACUUUUACAUUUCAAUAUUAUAAAAGAAAUUAUACUGUAUCUUGAGGUAGAAGCAAAACCCAGAAGGCCAGUAACGGGUCAUAAUGACUUAUUCUGGAUAACAAAGAUAUCUUUUCUUUAGGAAACAGAGAAGAUUGAACAUACACACAAUGAUAGAUUUGACCUCCUCCCUGUUAUUUUCCAGUAGCUGGGAUUUUAAACUAGGUGACCUCAUUAACACGAUGCUUUACCAAACAGCAAACCAAGAGAUUGCUAAUUGCUGUUGAAAGCAAAAAUGCUAAUAAUAUAAAGUCACAAUUGUUCUUUGUAACAAAAAAAAAUGGAUUUUUUUUAAACUGCGAGAAAGAGAGAGAGAAUGAGAGAGAGAGAGAAAGUAAGAAAGAAAGAAAACAAAACCCCCUCAUGGGCUUAAGCAUUGGAUAAAGCAGCAGACAUUUUAAUAAGAAGAUGAAUAGCGUCCAUGGGUUACUGACUUGAACUCUGAAGACCCGUAUCAAAAACACGCAGAUGUGCAGCAGAUUGGAAGGAGACACAGAUGUUCAUUUUUUUUUCUUGUUUCUGAAUGAAAUAAUAAUAGCCAGGUCAACAGAAUGAAAAAUGGAAGAUGAUUGCAGUGGGAUGAAGGAUUUAAAAGAGCAGCAAAGAGAAAAAAAAAUACCAUCACACAAAAAUCUCCUCUUCUUUUUUGUCCUUUUGUUUCGUUUUUUUGGUGGGGAUUAUUUUUCUGUUUUGUUUUGGUUUUGUAUUUUUUUUUUAGACCAGAAAUAAGAACACAGCCUGCAGUUAAUUAGCAUUUUGGCAGCUAUAAUAUCAACCAGCUGCCUCUAUCCUUCCCCCUCUCAAAAAGGGAAAAAAACAACCACCGAGCUUCAAAAUUUUCUUCACUUUUUUUUACAAGCUUCCACAGUGGAAGACCAUCCGGUCUGUUUCACCUCGUUCGUUUUUGUAUCAGCAAUGGUGACAAUGCAGUGACUCCAGCUCCAGAUCUCAUCCA